CCGCCCGCCAAAAAAACAAAAAAACUUUUUCUUUUUUUUUUCAAAAAACUAAAAAAACAAAAUGUCCAACACUACCAUUGCUGCCCAGCCUGCUGCUGCCCCCGCUGCUGCCGCCGGCGCUGCCCCGGCUGCUGCCAACACCACCACCGUCGUUGCCAACGCCGCUGCCGGUGCCGCCCCCAGCUUCCCCUCGGGCUCGCUGUAUGUCGGCGACCUCCACCCCGAGGUUACCGAAGCCCAGCUCUUCGAGAUUUUCAACAACAUUGGCCCGGUCGUCUCCAUCCGUGUCUGCCGUGACGCCAUCACCCGUCGCUCCCUCGGCUAUGCCUACGUCAACUUCCACGCCGCCGUCGAUGCCGAGCGUGCCCUCGACACCCUCAACUACAGCCUCAUCCGUGGCAAGCCUUGCCGCAUCAUGUGGUCCCAGCGCGACCCCGCCGUUCGCAAGUCCGGCCUCGGCAACGUGUUCAUCAAGAACCUCGACAAGACCAUUGACAACAAGGCUCUCCUCGACACCUUCUCUGCGUUCGGCAACAUUCUGUCGUGCAAGGUCGUGACCGACGAGAACGGCUCGAAGGGCUAUGGCUUUGUCCACUACGAGACCCAGGAGGCUGCCGAGACCGCCAUUGCCAAGGUCAACGGCAUGGUCAUCAACGGCAAGCAGGUCUUUGUCGGCAUCUUUGUGCCCCGCAAGGAGCGCGUCGAGCUCGGCGAGGGUGUCACCAAGUUCACCAACGUCUUUGUCAAGAACCUCCCUGAGGACACCACUGACGCUGCCCUCAACGACAUGUUCAGCAAGUUUGGCAAGAUCACCUCUGUUGUCAUCAUGAAGUCGAGCGACGACGACAAGUCCAAGGGCUUUGGCUUUGUCUGCUACGAGAAGGUCGAGGACGCCCAGGCCGCCGUCAACGCUCUGAACGGCACCGAGCUUGCUGGCAAGACCCUGUUUGUCGCCCGUGCCCAGAAGAAGGCCGAGCGCGAGGCAGAGCUCAAGCAGCGCUACGAUGCCCUCCGUCUGGAGCGCAUCAACAAGUACCAGGGCAUCAACCUGUACGUCAAGAACCUCGACGACGCCAUCGACGAGGACAAGAUCCGCACCGAGUUUGCCCCCUUCGGCACCAUCACCUCGGUCAAGAUCAUGCGCGACGAGAAGGGCAAGUCCCGUGGCUUUGGCUUUAUCUGCUUCUCGAGCGCCGAGGAGGCCACCAAGGCCGUCACUGAGAUGAACGGCCAGACCAUCCAGGGCUUCCCCAAGCCGCUGUACGUCGCUCUUGCUCAGCGCGCCGAGGACCGUCGCGCUCAGCUUGCUGCUCACUUUGCCCAGCAGCGCGGCAACAUGGGCGGCCGCAUGGCUGGCGGUGUCAUCGCUGGCAUGCCCCCGCAGUACAUGGCUGGCCCCCAGAUGUUCUACGCUGGUGUUCCCCAGAACCGCGGCAUGGUCUACCCCCAGAACGUCAUGCGCCGUGGUGCCUGGCCCGCCAACGUCCCCGUCGGUGUCGCCGCUGGCGCCCGCCCCGGCUUUGGCCCCUUCAUGGCUGUUCCCCAGGGCGUUCCCCGCCAGGCUGGCAACAACUCGCGCGGCGGCAACCGUGCUCCCCGCGCUGGUGCCCCCGGCAUGAUCAACCAGCAGUUCCCCCAGCAACAGCAGCCCCAGCAGCCCCAGCAGCCCCAGCAGCAGCAAUCCCUCCGCGCUGGCCAGGCCGCUUCCGGCGCUCCUCGUCAGCAGGGUGCCCAGCAGGGCGCCGGUGCUCGUCAAGCCAUCCCCAAGACUGCCGGCCGCCAGGGUGCCUCCGCCACCGCUCCCGCCCCCAGCGACGAGCGUCUUGCCAACCUUUCCCAGUUCGACCUUGCCACCCAGAAGCGCGUUCUUGGUGAGACCCUCUUCCCCCUGAUUGCCGCCACCCAGGCCGACCUUGCCGGCAAGAUCACUGGCAUGCUCCUCGAGAUGGACAACACUGAGCUUCUCCACCUCAUCUCCGUCCCCGACGCUCUUGCCGAGAAGGUCCAGGAGGCCGUCACUGUGCUCCAGACCCACGGUGCUCAAAACUAAAGCCAAUCUGGUUUCCCCCUUUUUUUCUCUUCUUUUCUUUUUUGAUUGAUUUUUUUUAAAUUGUCGGGUUUCGGGUUUGUUUCCUUUUCCCCCUUUGCCUUCUCUUUUUCAAACCGCAGUGAUGUCGUCCUUGUGAUCGGAGCGUCUGAUCGGCGCUGGUCCGAGUUCUUUCCUUGCCAUCAUGCGUGUCCUUCUUUUUUUUUUCUUCUUUGCUGCCAUUCAUUCCCACACUUCAUUUAUUGGGCGGAAGUGUCGAAUGCAAUUGUGCCAGUGGUCAAUCUUAUUUUUUGCCAGCUUGUCCACUAAAAAAAAAUACACACAGACAUUCAAAAACACACCACAAAACAC